UCUGAAGCUCUCAGAUCCACCAACAAUGAAGCUGCAGGUAACACUGGCGCUCAUCUGUGUGCUUUUCCCAAAAGCGCUGACACUGAAAUGUUAUCAGUGUAAAUCAGGGCUGUCUGAAACAUGCACAGACAACCAGACGGACUGUCCAGAUCAGUGUGGCAGCACGACCGUCCUUGUGAACCAAGGUCAGCAACGACAAUGGAUAAAUACAAACGGUUGCACAGUAGCAGCAGAGUGUGUCAGUGGAAGCCUAAACCUGGGACUUCUGAAAAUGACCAUCAACUCGCAAUGUUGCAGAGCUGCUCUCUGCAACAGCCAAAACGUGCCAGCUGCGAUACAAGGGCCUCCGAAUGGGAAGAAGUGUUACUUCUGUACUGCUAAAAACUGCACUGGAACCGUGAGCUGUGAGGGAGAUGAAGAUCGCUGCAUCACUGCCACAGCUACUGGUGAUGAUGCUUUAGUGACCAUGAAGGGAUGUGCAAGCAUAGAUCUCUGUACUGGCCCUGCUUCGACCAUGCAGGCAGCUGGAAUCACUGGCGAUGUGAACUGUUUGUCCUCACUGUGUGGAGCCAACAUGGCUUGGUCUGGUCACCCCUGCCACUCCACACCUAGCCCUCUGGCAGGGUUGUGUCAGAGAUGCCUGCCAACAACGGCCUCUGUGGGCAUUGAGCCUUCAGGUGCCCCAGCUGCUGGUAUGAUCAUCCUUACAUUAGUUGUCACUACAGUCCAUACCACACCAAG